AUGCCAGUGCCAUGGUUGUGUGAAGAAACGACAACAAAAAGAGGCGAAUCGACCAUGGAAACGAAACGUACCAAGAAGAUCUUGACUGUUCUUUUUCUCCUAUUGGCAUGGGUUGUGUUCGCGUUGAUAGUGAAGAAGGUGACGGAAAUUGAAGUUACACAUGAGGAAUAUAAUCCGUAUCAAAUUCUAGGGCUUGAUCAGGGAGCGGAUCCGGCAGCUGUGAGGAAAGCGUAUCGUGAACUAUCGAAAAAGCUCCAUCCUGACAGAGGUGGUGAUGCUCAAAUGUUCGACAAAAUAGCGAAAGCUUAUCAAGCUUUAACUGAUGAGGAAUCGCGUGAGAAUUGGGAAAAAUAUGGUAACCCGGACGGACCUACAGCAACGACGUUUGGUAUUGCAUUGCCAAAAUGGCUUGUAAGCAAGGAGUAUGGACUAUGGGUACUGGCGUUUUACGGGCUUUUGUUUAUGGUUAUUUAUGCCAGUGGCAGUGGAAUGUUGAUGCUGCUGGGAGGAGCUUUCGAAUUUUGGAAACAGUACAACAAAGAAAUCAUCGAAAGAGAAACCGAUGAUGUUGAAUUAACCCGUUAUGUGCUUCUUCGCGUAUUACGUCUUACCGAGGAAAUGAUCUCUAUUUCACAGCAACUUACAUUUUACACUCAGGGACGUGUAUUUUCUUGCGGAGAUUUAGCCGCAUUAGAUGGAGAGAAACGUCGUGCUCUUCUGAAAUCCUUAUCAGAUGAAGAAUACCGUGAUGUGCUCGUUGUAUUGUCUUCUAUGCCACGGUUGUCCAUUCAAACUACUGUAGUUGUGGAGGGCGAGGACGAUGCAUUUGAAGUCACUGCUGGCUGUGUUGCCACCAUCAAGGUGUCACUGCAAAGGUCAAGCUUGUUGGAUCCUAUCGUGAAGAAGCCGACGGGGAUGCCUAGUGUAGAUAGCGAACAGGAUGACGAGGAAGUUGCCGCUGCAGGAGACGGCAUCAUCAAGGAAGAAGAAACCAAGGAAGUCAAGAAGAAGAAGCCUUGGGAGAAAAAUCGUCCACAAAAGAAGAAAGGUGGUGCAAAGAAGAAGCCUCAGAAGCAGCAAAUGAAAAAAGGAUCAUUGUCAUUAUCGGAUGCGCCCCCUAGGUUUGAAGAAAGUGAUGUGGAAGAUGAUUGGGAGGAGGGUUCCAUGAGGAAGGUGGAAAUGCGGUUUUCAGCACCGCCAGUAAAAGGCAUAUAUAAUUAUCAAUUAGCGGUUCGGUCUGAUUCAUAUAUGGAUUGUGACUACAACAAAGAUAUUAAGCUUGAAGUGAAGGAAGCGAAAGAGAUAGUUCUACCGAAGUAUGAAGACACUGAAGACGAGGACGAAAAGGUGGUGGCUUCAAGCGAUGAAGAAUACACGGAAGGAUCGGAUUCCGAUGAGGAGUAG